AAAAAGUAGAAACAGGUUAAAGUUAGAGGUUAUGUUCAAAAAGUUUUUUGGAUGUUGUACAGUUAUUGUGGACAAUAUUGUAGAUUAUUUUAUUUAUUAUAUUUAGUUUAUAAAUAUUAUGGAUAUUGAUCUCUCUAGACCUAAUCUAGAAGCAGAUAAUGCACUAGAACAAAUUAGUUUACUCAGGCAGAAAUUAAGUGAAUUACAAGCCAAUAUUACUUGUGGUUUGCAACCAACUACUAGUGAUAAUGAUUUAAAUAAAUUGAUUACUCACAAUAUCAAACUGAAACAUCGUCUUGCAAUUUUAAAUAGGGCAAUAUCCAAGUAUUCAAUAAAACAGCCAUUAUCUGUUGAUCCAACAAGAAUGCAGAGCAUUACUGAUAUCCUUACAGAAUUAUUUUCAAUGGCCAUUACCAGUGCCUGUCCUGAUAUAACUGAUCCUCCUGUGGUUAUUGCUCUUUCUGCCAAUCCAAAAUUUAAAGAUUACCAAUGUAAUUCUGCUCUGCCAUUGGCCAAUAUCUAUAAGCAACUUGGCAAGAAAGUUGCACCUAAAGAUAUUGCUCAGAAAAUUGUGGAUAAUUUACCUGAUCAUGAGAUAAUUGCAGGAUUAGAAAUAGCAGGACCUGGUUUUAUAAAUAUUGGUCUCAGUAAGGAUUUUGCUUUAAAGAACUUAUCUUGUAUUUUUGAACAUGGUGUUAAACCUCCAAUAAUUCCCAAGAAACUUAAGGUUUUAGUUGAUUUUUCAUCUCCUAAUAUUGCAAAAGAAAUGCAUGUUGGUCAUUUAAGGUCAACAAUCAUUGGAGAUAGCAUCAGUCGACUAUUAGAAUUUUUGGGACAUGAUGUGUUAAGAAUAAACCAUGUAGGUGACUGGGGGACUCAAUUUGGUAUGUUAAUUGCUCACCUUCAAGAUAGGUUCCCUGAUUACCAAACUAAAUCCCCACCUAUUGGUGAUCUACAAGCAUUUUACAAAGAAUCUAAACAGAGAUUCGAUGAAGAUGAGGAAUUCAAGAAGAGGGCAUAUGCAAGUGUUGUUAAGUUGCAAUCUUUUGAUCCUGAGCACAAGAAAGCUUGGGAACUAAUAUGUGAUGUUUCUAGAAAAGAAUUCCAAAAAAUAUAUGACUGUUUAGAUAUAAAACUCAUUGAGAGAGGAGAAUCUUUUUAUCAGAAAAGAAUGGAACUUAUAGUUAAAGAACUUGAAGAAAAAGGGUUUUUAGAACAUGAUGAAGGACGCAAGGUUAUGUGGGGUGAUCAAUCAAUUCCAUUGACCAUUGUCAAGACAGAUGGAGGUUUUACAUAUGAUACAUCUGACAUGGCAGCCAUAAAGCAACGUCUUUGUGAAGAAAAUGCUGAAUGGGUCAUUUAUAUUACUGAUGCAGGUCAAGCUACUCACUUCCAAGUUCUUUUUGGUUGUGCCAAAAAAGCUGGAAUCUUGGAUCCAGCUAUUCACAGGGUAGAUCAUGUUGGUUUUGGUGUUGUUUUGGGAGAAGACAAGAAAAAGUUCAAGACCCGGUCUGGAGAAACUGUUAGGUUGCUUGAUUUAUUGGAAGAAGGAUUGAAAAGAGCACUUGAUAAAUUAAAAGAAAAAGAACGGGACAAGGUAUUGACCCCUGAAGAAUUAAAAAAAGCUCAAGAAUCAGUUGCUUAUGGAUGCAUUAAAUAUGCAGAUUUAUCUCAUAACAGAAACCAUGAAUAUAUAUUUUCAUUUGACAAGAUGUUAGAAGAUAAAGGCAACACAGCUGUAUAUCUCCUAUAUGCCCUAACCCGCAUCCGAUCCAUAGCACGUACAGCUAAUUUUACCCCAGAGAAGAUUAGAGAAUUGAGUAAAACGCACCAAAUAACAUUAGAACAUGAGAAAGAAUGGAAGCUUGCGAAAGUUCUUCUCCGUUUUCCGGAUGUACUUCUCAAAAUAACAAAGGAUCUGUUUCUUCAUCCUUUAUGCGAGUAUGUAUAUGAGAUAGCAACUACUUUCACGGAGUUUUAUGAUAACUGUUACUGUAUCGAGAAAGAUACAUCUGGAGAUAUUGUUAAAGUUAAUGUUGGACGGAUUUUGUUAACAGAAGCUGCUGCUGUGAUUAUGGCGCAGUGCUUUGAUAUUCUUGGAUUGAAACCUGUUGAAAAAAUGUAAAUAAACGUUUUUAAUGCCAAUUUUUAAGUUUUUUUUAUUUAAUAAUUUUUUAGUUGUCAAAAUAAUUUAUAUAUUUUUUUUUUAUUUGUAUCAAAUUAGUUUUUUAGGCGACUGACAUAAAAAAUGACAUUUUACGGAUUUAUUAACAUCCCUAAAAUGUCACGUUAUUUAUAAACACAUAUUUAUCAUACUUAUCGUUAGUAAU